GGACACUGCAGGAAAUGGUUAAAAAAAAAAAAAAAAAGGUACUGCAACUAUGCUGCUCAUUGAAACGGGGCUGCCUAUUGCCAAAUUUGAUCUUUACAUGAAAGUUUACUGAGUAAUAAACAAAUAUUUUCUAGUGUGGUCCAAGUACAGUCACUUUUGCAGCUAAAAAUGGCUAUUUUUGGAAAUUCAAAAUGGCGGACCAAGGAGAAGAUCCCCCUUUUCAUGCAUGAAAAGUGCAAUUUUUCCAAUCAUAGUGAAUACUUAGAAUUUGAUGGUGGUGGUAAGUAUUCAUGAAAAAGGCAACAUUAGUGAAUGGGCAGCAUGAAUUCUGGAAAUAAACAACUAAUCAUCUCAGUGUCCCUUUAAGUAAUUUUACAAUGUAGAUAACCAAUGCUUAAGAUUGUCAGGUGCAUACAGGUCGGCGAUUUUUGUUGUUGUUGAUUGGUUUUUAUUGUAGGUAUGCUGUUCAUUGAAACUGUUCCGCCUAUUGCCAUAUUUGAACUAUUUGUGAAUAUAUGCUAAACAAUAGACUCAUGGUUUCUAGCAUGACCAAAGUACAGGGUUUAAAGCUAGAAAUGUCUAUCUGGGAAUUCAAAAUGGUGGACAUGGAGAAGAUCCCCCUUUUCAUGAAGUGCUUAUACACUUAUUAUACACAAGUGCUUAUACACUUAUUAUACACAAGUGCUUAUACACCUAGCUCUGAGAGACAAGUGACCUUUUUAUGUUGCUUGGAUUUUUAACUUGACUUUGCUUUACACACAGUGUUUUUAUUUGUCGUCUACAGCUGCAAGUGUUGAUGAAUGCACCUUGAAAACCCUUAGCCGAGAGGACUUGCAAGACCUUUUUCCUGGCCCUGAAAACUUUCUCAGAAGGAGAAGAAUUUGGGAUUUUAUCAAUGAAAAUUCUGGAAAUAUAGACCAAGAUUCAAGUGCUUGCAGUGAAUACAGGAGCAUGCCCUCAACUACUUCUGCGUCACCAUGCCAGCUUAAAACCUCCACUCCCACAUCAGAUGAGAAAAAGAUGAAGAUGCCAGACCCUCCAGAAUAUGUCGUUUACACGGACUCAGAGUUGGAUUUGGUACGGGCUCAAUAUUUUGCACUCCUUCGGAGUGGGAAGGAAAGAGGCUUCAAGAUGUCGAAGGAGCUGUGUUGCAGAUUGAUAAGAAACACCAUAACAAGCAUGGUUGCAAUCCUUCGCGCAAGUCCGAUGGGAAAAGAAGCAAGCUAUCCCUCAAAGCUGGAAAUGAAAGUCAUGUCACAGAAAAUAAUUGAGUACUACCCCAUGCUGCGUGAUACUGAUCCAAAUAUGCCACAUCUGACGGUCUACACAAAAAUGUUCAAGCGACUCCAGAAUAUGAGAUCCCCAUGCAGGAAGAGGCAGGGCCCUGUUCUUCUGAGAGGCCCAGCAAAGACUCUCUUCAGUGAAGACCAAGACAUUGACACGGAUUUGACCGACACGAGCGGAUCGGCUGAUACGGUCAUUCUUGAGAGCAGUGAAGACCUCAGUGAUGACAAUUGCAGUGCAGUGUCCCCAGCACGAGAUCCCCCUGUGCCAAAAAAGGCAAAGAGUGGCACCAAAGCAUCCAUUCCAUCAUCCAGGUCUUCCUCACCGGCACCCAGGACUGCAAUUGCUUCACCAACCAUGCCUGCGAAAGAUGUUGCUGAAGCGUCCCCAGCACGAGAUCCCCCUGUGCCAAAAAAGACAAAGAGUGGCACCAAAGCAUCCAUUCCAUCAUCUAGGUCUUCCUCACCGGCACCCAUGACUGUGAUUGCUUCACCAACCAUGCCUGCAAACGAUGUUGCUGCGGGUCUCGACAGUCUGAAGAUGCAGGCCAGACACUACAAAACCUUGAGCAACAUGUACAACAAGCCCAACGCAAAACCCAAUCAAAAUGAUGUGGCGCAAAUUCUGGACCUCGAGUUCGAAGCCAGACGGGCUUUUAUUGAUUCAGAUGUUACCAAGGAAGAAGACCGACCUGCAAAAAUCCUUGAUGCAUAUCCAUGCUUUAAAGAUGUUCGAAACGCCAUGGAUGAGCUACGGCGCAUAGUAGAUGGCACUAACCGCAGAUACAUCGAGGACGUAAGAGGAAGAUGGACAGAAUUCUGCACGAAGGUGCAGUUCUACAGCGUGUGGAAGAAAGUCCUCAAACCCCCUUUUCCUUUGGAUGUUCGCAGUGUGGAUUUCACACUGGCCCUCUUCAAUGCACUGCCACCCCUCUUCCCCUCAUCCGUUUUGCCACCAAAGAAGCUCGCUUGCAGUGAGGCACUUAUUCAUAUCCUGAAGUCAAACGAAGACCCUGCCCUCUACCUGCAGAAGCGUCCUCUCAGCUCCCCAGUUCUGCUGUUUGAUGGCUCAACUACCAUUGUGGCUGUGGGUAACGUACCUGUUACAACCCUCAAGCAGGAAGAUUUUUCAGAGGGGAUGUUGGUGUUGAUGGCAUACUAUUAUACAUUGCACCUCACAUACCCCAAAUGUGUGGCAACCCUGCUCUCUGUUAUUCAAACGGAGGUCAUUGGUGACGCCCUCCAUGAUAAGGAUGCCACUAGUUCAUACAAAAAAGCAAUGGCCGAGUGGAACGCAUUCAUUGAGAAGUAAAUCUGUCAGUUGUUGAUUACUGAUUGUUACUAUUGCAUUGUUUUGUGUGUUUCACUAGUUAAUUGCUGUUUUUUGUAAUUAUUCAGUGGGUCUAAGGUGUUGGUCUUUGACCAAUACCCCACCCCAAAGUGAAAUUGAGGCAGUGGCUGAGUCACUGGGAAAACUCUCCUGCUCACUUUGAGUGGCUCAAUUUUACCUCUGAGUGGGGUAUCCCUUAAUAACGCCUGUAUUUCAGGAUACAAUGUUGGAAAAACGCUACCUCAUAAUGUCAGAAUUUAAUUUCCUUUUAUUACUGGGGUCCCAGUACAUCUAAGUUGUUUGUCUUAAACAUGUACCCCAAUCCUAAGCGAAAUUGAGUCACUCGCUAUAGUCCCUCGAGUUGUGCAAGUGAGCAGAAAAGUUUUUCAGGUAACCCAGCCACUGUCUUAAUGUGACCCAUCAAAGAGCAGAAUAGAGAGCGCGCUUCUGAAGGUACACGACCGGGUUAAAACAGUCUUUGUGUUGCCAACCCCCAUCACAGCAAAUAUGCUCAGCAAAGCAAUUGUCACCUAUAUUACCAUCUUAAAGUAGUUGAUGUACUCUAAGGUUACUAUUUCAAGGCUCAAUUUCACCUGGGAGUGGGGUAUACCUAGCCUGGUUCACACCAGACGGUGUAUGUGUAGCUUCGGCGCCCCCUGGCGGA